UCUGUCUGCUGAAAUGAAGAGUCCACACUGUAAAAUGGAAAGUCUCAGUCUGUCGGGCUGUCUGAUAACAGAUGAAGGCUGUACUUCUCUGGCCUCAGCUCUGAGCUCCAACCCCUCCCAUCUGAGAGAGCUGGACCUGACCUACAAUCAUCCAGGAGACUCAGGAAUUAAGCUGCUGUCGGCUGGACUGAAGGAACCAGGCUGGAGACUGGACACUCUUAGGGUGGAGCCAGCUGGAGUCCGAUGGUUGAGACCAGGUCUGAGGAAGUAUUCCUGUCAACUCACAAUCGACACAAACACAGUACACAGAAAGCUCCAACUGUCUCACAAAAACAGGAAGGUGACACGUGUGAAGAAGGUUCAGUCAUAUCCUGAUCAUCCAGACAGAUUUGAUGUUCAUGAACAGCUGCUGUGUGAAAAUGGUUUGACUGGUCGCUGUUACUGGGAGGUCGAGUGGAGAAGAAACAUUUAUAUAUCAGUGAGUUACAGAAGCAUCAGAAGGAAAGGAAACAGUGACGACUGUAUGUUUGGAUGGAAUGAUGAGUCCUGGAAUCUGUUCUGCUAUGAAGUUCGUCCUAGUUGUGUCUGGCACAAUAACAAAGUAACAUACAUCUCCUCCUCCUCCUCUGUCUCUAACAGAGUAGCAGUGUAUGUGGACUGUCCUGCUGGCACUCUGUCUUUCUACAGAGUAUCCUCUGACACUCUGAUCCACCUCCACACCUUCAACACCACAUUCACUCAAACUCUUUAUCCUGGGUUUUGUAUUGGAUCUAGUUCCUCAGUGUCCCUGUGCUGAGUUGAGUGUAAAGAGUGUCUCCUGUUAGAGAAACACUCUGACUGUUGAACAGAUAGUUCAGUCUGUACAUGUCUGUCUCUUUCACUCACAAACACCUUUUCAGAU